CGCUUCCCACGAUGGUUAGUUAGUUGCUGAAGGAGAGUCAGUGUGUUCUUGCGGGGGAUAGUCUCGGUUCUCGGAUACGGAGAGGGGAUUGUGGAUACACACUUGGAAAGAGAGUUUGCUUUCUCUUAAGGUCUCAUCAUGCCGGUUUUUCACACGAAGACGAUCGAGAGUAUCCUGGAGCCGGUGGCCCAGCAGAUCUCUCAUCUGGUCAUCAUGCAUGAGGAGGGAGAGGUGGACGGGAAAGCCAUCCCGGACCUGACCGCUCCCGUGGCCGCUGUGCAGGCAGCUGUCAGUAACCUGGUCCGGGUGGGCAAAGAGACGGUUCAGACCACUGAGGAUGCCAUCAUGAGAAGAGACAUGCCGCCUGCCUUUAUAAAGGUUGAGACUGCGUGCACUAAACUGGUUCAGGCGGCUCAGAUGCUGAAGGGCGACCCGUAUUCUGUCCAAGCCAGAGAUUAUCUGAUCGACGGGUCCCGCGGGAUCCUGUCUGGAACCUCCGACCUGCUUCUGACAUUCGAUGAGGCCGAGGUUCGUAAGAUCAUCCGUGUGUGUAAAGGGAUUCUGGAGUAUCUGACCGUGGCUGAGGUGGUGGAGUCCAUGGAGGACCUGAUCACUUACACCAAGAACCUGGGACCAGGCAUGACGAAGAUGGCCAAGAUGAUUGACGAGCGGCAGCAGGAAUUAACUCAUCAGGAGCACAGAGUCAUGCUGGUCAACUCCAUGAACACCGUCAAGGAGCUGCUGCCCGUUCUCAUCUCAGGCAUCAAGAUCUUCGUGACGACCAGGACGUCUCAGGGUAAAGGUGUGGAGGAGGCGCUGAAGAACAGGAACUUCACCGUGGAGAAGAUGAGCGCCGAAAUCAAUGAAAUCAUCCGCGUGCUGCAGCUCACGUCCUGGGACGAGGACGCCUGGGCCAGUAAGAAGGACACCGAGGCCAUGAAGAGAGCGCUGGCUCAGAUCGACUCCAAAAUGGCGCAGGCCAAGAACUGGCUCCGAGACCCACACGCCCAGCCAGGUGACCCGGGCGAGCAGGCCAUCCGUCAGAUCCUGGACGAGGCGGGAAAAGUUGGAGAACUCUGCACCGGGAAAGAGAGACGAGACAUCGUGGGAACGGCCAAAACACUUGGACAACUUACUGAGCAGGUGUCCGAGCUGCGAGCCAGGGGUCAGGGAGCGAGUCCGGUGGCCAUGCAGAAAGCGCAGCAGCUGUCUCAGGGUCUGGACGUCCUGACGGGGAAAGUGGAAAAUGCUGCACGUAAACUGGAGGCCAUGACCGGCUCCAAACAAGCCAUCGCCAAGAGGAUCGACGGCGCUCAGAGCUGGCUGGCGGAUCCUCACGGCGGUCCGGAGGGAGAGGAGAACAUCAGGGCUCUUCUGGGAGAAGCCAGGAAGAUCGCGGAUCUCAGCGAAGAUCCCAAGGAGCGAGAGGACAUCCUGCGCAGCAUGGGCGAGAUCGCCGGCCUCACCGCCAAACUCUCCGAGCUCAAGAGAGCAGGUAAGGGCGACACCCCUGAGGCUCGUGCGCUGGCGAAGCAGAUCGCCACGUCUCUGCAGAACCUCCAGUCCAAAACCAGCAAAGCGGUGGCCAACACUCGGCCGACCAAAGCCGCUGUUCACCUGGAGGGGAAGAUGGAGCAGGCGCAGAGAUGGAUGGACAACCCCUCGCUGGACGACAGCGGCGUCGGUCAGACUGCCCUCCGUGGGCUGGUCGCCGAGGGCCGGCGUCUGGCCAAUGCUCUGCCGGCGUCACAGAGGCAGGGGCUGCUGGGUAAAUGUGAGGAGGUGGAGCACCUGAUGGCGCAGUUAGCGGAGCUGGCGGCCCGCGGGGAUGGAGACGGUCCUCAGGCCCGCGCCGUCGCUCAACAGCUGCAGGACACGCUCAAAGAGCUGAAGGGUAAGAUGCAGGAAGCCAUGACUCAGGAGGUGUCCGAUAUCUUCAGUGACACGACUACGCCUGUUAAACUGCUGGCGGUGGCAGCCACGGCUCCUCCAGACGCGGCCAACAGAGAGCAGGUGUUCGAGGAGCGCGCCGCAAACUUUGAGAAUCACGCGGGUCGUCUGGGAGCCACGGCGGAGAAAGCGGCGGCGGUCGGCACGGCCAACAAGAGCACGGUGGAGGGAAUCCAGGCGGCCGUCAAAUCAGCCCGAGAUCUGACGCCACAGGUUGUCUCCGCGGCUCGCAUCCUCCUGAAGAAUCCUGGAAACCAGGCGGCUUACGAACACUUUGAGACCAUGAAGAAUCAGUGGAUCGACAAUGUCGAGAAAAUGACAGGUCUGGUGGAUGAAGCGAUCGACACCAGGUCUCUGCUGGACGCAUCAGAAGAAGCCAUUAAGAAAGAUCUGGACAAGUGUCAGGUAGCUAUGGCCAAUCACCAGCCUCAGAUGCUGGUCGCCGGGGCAACCAGCAUCGCCCGGCGAGCCAAUCGGAUCAUGCUGGUGGCGAAGAGAGAGGUGGAGAACUCGGAGGACCACAAGUUCAGAGAGACAGUGAAAGCGGCGUCUGACGAGCUCAGCAGAACCAUCUCACCGAUGGUCAUGGACGCCAAGGCCGUGGCCGCCAACAUACAGGACCAAGGCCUUCAGAGGGGGUUCCUGGACUCGGGUUAUAAGAUCCUGGGGGCCGUGGCUAAGGUCCAGGAGGCGUUCCAGCCGCAGGAGCCGGACUUCCCUCCUCCUCCUCCUCCGGACCUGGAGCACCUGCAGAUAAGCGACAACGCCGCCCCUCCCAAACCGCCGCUGCCGGAGGGUGAGGUGCCUCCUCCCAGACCUCCGCCGCCGGAGGAGAAGGACGAGGAGUUCCCGGAGCAGCAGGCCGGAGAGAUGGUCAGCGAGCCCAUGAUGGUGGCCGCCCGGCAGCUGCACGACGAGGCCCGCAAGUGGUCCAGCAAGGGUAAUGACAUCAUCGGUGCGGCCAAGCGCAUGGCUCUGCUGAUGGCCGAGAUGUCUCGACUGGUCCGAGGCGCCAGCGGGAAUAAGAGGGCGCUCAUCCAGUGCGCCAAAGACAUCGCUAAAGCCUCAGACGAGGUCACGCGCCUCGCCAAGGAGGUCGCCAAACAGUGCACAGACAAACGCAUACGAACCAACUUACUGCAGGUGUGUGAGAGGAUUCCCACCAUCAGCACACAGCUGAAGAUCCUCUCCACGGUGAAGGCCACCAUGUUGGGACGCACCAACAUCAGCGAGGAGGAAUCCGAGCAGGCCACCGAGAUGCUGGUCCAUAACGCUCAGAACCUGAUGCAGUCGGUGAAGGAGACGGUGAGAGAAGCUGAGGCCGCUUCCAUCAAGAUCCGCAUGGACGCCGGGUUCACCCUGCGCUGGGUCCGCAAGACGCCCUGGUACCAGUGAGGCAGGAGCCAGCGCCGAUAUCCCAGCAUGCACUGGGGGAAGCAUUACAGUCCAGGUCCUAUAUGUCAAUGCAGACGUGUCGUCCACAUCUGGACUCAACUAUUCCAAAUCAAAACCUUGUUCUUCAACAACCAUGAGUGUAAAAGAAGGGACGUCCACUUGCUCGAUCGCUUUUUUUCAAAUGAUUUAUUUCAUUUUGAUGGAUCCCAGAUUGAUAUUUUUUGAGGGAAAGUUUAAUUCUGGUAUUUUAGAAAGGUCAUAUUUUCUUUAUUUCUUUCUUUUUUUUACAGAAACAACCAGUGCAUUCUGAAGCUGUUCAUUUCUUAAGGUGUCAUUUCUCUCUCUCUCUCUCUCUCUAUAUAUAUAUACCAGCAGCCUUGUUUUCACUCUUUGAAUGUAUUAAUAAAUGUCACAUGCACAAACUACUAUAAUGUCUUCACAAACAAAAACACAAGCACAGAUUUUGGAUUAUAAAAUCCUCUGAAUGUGCUUUUUGAUGCAAAGUGUUCAUCGUGCAUAUAAAUCAAAGUUUCAUUCAGGGACGACGCUGCAAACUCUAAUACAAGUACUGAAAUGAAGAGGAAAUCAAACCUGCGACCUGGUGCUUCCUGUAAUCUGUGCCAAACCAGUCCGUUUGCAUGAUAUAACCACACACACACACACACGUGCGCGCUGCCGUCCUCGUAUUACCACCAAGACUUCACUGUGCUCCAUACACUACUACAGAAAGCACACUCAAGUAUAUUUAUCUGAGUGAGAAUCGGCUCUUUUCAUAUCUUUGCCUUUUCUAUCAUUGAGGAGACCAGCAGGUUUUAUGUAAAUAAUGUGUUCAUCUUUAAAGACAGCCUGUAAGACCUGAUGUGCCUUGUCUUAAUAAAAGAACUAAUUAUCAACUGAA